ACAUCGACGAGAGCGGACGAAGACAUCGCCAAAGUUCCCAAUUGUAAAUUUCUGAACACAAAUUUCAAAAGAUGUCUAACGCUGGAGAUGACAUUCCUGUUGAGGCCCCUGAGGUCGAGGUCGCGGCUGAGGCUCCCAAGGGCAAGCUUUCUGUUGAAGAUGCUUUGCAGCAAGUUCUGAAAAACGCCCUUGUCCACGACGGUCUCGCUCGCGGUCUCCGAGAAUGCGCCAAGGCCCUGGACAAGCGCCAGGCUCACCUUUGUGUCCUCGUCGAGACCUGCACGGAGGCGGAGUACAUUAAGCUCAUUGAAGCGCUCUGUGCCGAGCACAAAAUUAACCUGAUCAAAGUCGGUGAUGCUAAGAUCCUCGGUACUUGGGCUGGGCUCUGCAAGAUUGACAGAGAGGGCAACCCCCGCAAGAUCGUUGGCUGCAGCUGCGUCGUCGUGAAGGACUACGGUGUUGAGAGUGAGGGCUUGAAUGUUCUCUUGGAUUACUUCAAGAACCGGUAAUGUGUUCUAGUUAGUACUCCGCACACCGGUACCACUUAUCCACCUUCUGUUUGUACUACUGUGCCAAUCCAACUGUUCCGCGGAUCCUAUGACC